GGAGCCAUCACAGUUUCCUGAAAUGGUUAUGGCUGAAGAAGACUAUACAAAACCUGUUGCAAUAGGGCCUGGUGCUCGACCUUCUCCCUCAGAACUGCAAGCUGCAAUCUCCUCUCUUCAAGACAAAUGCAAACUUAAAGAUCAUAUGAUAGGUGCUAUGGUGGAAGAGCUGCGAGCUCGUGCCCAGAGUGGCAUAUGGAACGAGCUGAAAACACGAAUUGCAUCACCAGAAUUGCCUCAGCCAGACUACACACGAUCACAAGUUGUUGAGUACCUUACACCUGAAGCACAGUUUCCACAACUCACUCCUGGGCCUACUGGUCCAUGUUCAUGCUCUGGGGAUUCCAAGCCCACAUCAAUGGCUUUGUCUCUUCCUCCUGCAAAAGAAGAACGUGCAUGUGUAGCUACAGCACCAUUAUCUCUACAAGUACCUAUUACAACAUGUACUUGCCCAGGUGAUUUCAAGAUUGUGCGAAAAAUAGGAGCUGACAGCUUGCUGCUUGGGUGGCAAGUCCCAUCAACUUCUGCAAAUCUUUCAGGCUAUGAUAUUUAUGUCAAUGGUGUACUGCAGUGCAAAGUGUGGAGUGGGACUCGCAAUCGUGCUCUUCUUCAUUGCUUGGAUUUAAGUUCGCCAAUGGUGAUUCUGUUGUAUGGCCGUACAACUAGUGGACAACUGAGUGGUCCAGCUCGAAUUACUUAUCCUGGUGGAGUAUAAGAUAUGGAAAAUCUGCAACAUGGUUCUAAUACUAGCAAAGUUAAUUAGCAGUUCAGGUGUCCUACAAAAUCUCCAGUAAUUACAGUUAUCAGAAACUGUACAUUAGAUUA